AUGGACAUUAAUACGACGUGUUUUGGUGAACAACAUAAGGAAAAAAUUCCAUUGGCUGAUAAAAAUGCAUUUAAAGAUCUAAAAAUUACUUCCGAACAAAAACAAAAUUUAUUAGAGAAUUUGGAUAUAGAGUUUGACUUACGAAUUACGAAACUCAAGAAAGACGCUGAAGAACGUGCAGAAAACGCCCGUUUAAAGUGUCACUUCGAUAUUGAUAAAAUCCCUCUUGAAAUUCGACAAUUACCAAUAGAGGAUUUCAUUAAUAUAUAUAAUGCAGAUCCAAAGGAGUAUUUCGAAAAGCAAUUUGUCAUUAAAAGUAGGAAGCAUAGUAUUCAAGUGACUCCAAUUGCUGAAUCGAACAAGAGAAGGUGUUAUCGUUUUAUUUUAUGGGGAAUUUUUAUGGAAACGUUCAAUACCAAUCCAUUAACAAAGACUAAUUCAUUAACAAAGUAUCUACAUAAGGAAAAUGGUAAUCCUAAUGACGUCUCUGUUCUUCAAAUAACCGAAACUCAGUCAAAGUUUAGUCCGAAACUUCCUACGGCAGCCACAAUGAUGAAGAUGCGUAAAAUACAACCAGGAGAUAAAAUUAUUUCAAUAAAUGGAUCUCCUCUUAUUAAUCCCUUUUCAAUUUUUAUUGAAAAAGGUAUUGACAUUGAAAAUUAUCAAAAUGAUACUAGGGAUGGGGAUUAUUUUACCAUGUUAUAA